AUGCUACUUUGCCAUCCUGCCAAUCAGACCAAGACGGGCGCCUUCCUGGAGGCAGUCCUUCAGGCCCAUCAGCUUGAAACCGGUACCUCCUACAGCCUCUUCCAACAAGUCUAUGCCAACACCUCCAUCCUGGCAUCUGACACGUGGGCAAAGCGGACUUGGAGUAAACUUGACUCUCUCUCCAUCCACCUGGAGUUUGAUUCCCCUUCUCUUCAGCUACUACGCCGAGGAGACCAACUGUUAGUUGACCUGUUCAUCGAUUCUUUGGUGGACCAACUUACUUUGAAAUGGCUCAACUGGUGUCGGAUCUUCCUGCAUGCAGUCACUCUUUCUGAUAUUUUGAAUGCUGACGGGACAGCGAUUACUCUGAAAGCAUGGAAAGGGCUAAGAGCGGACAGCCGUUCUGAUCGGUCUUUCUCCCAACUGGACUGGUGGGAGCAGCGCAAUAUGGAAGUGGACUUCAAAGCACAAUCCUAA